AUGCCUGGAGCUCAAUCUUCAAUCGUUCCUUCAGGUGUCACCCAGAUUUCUCACCCUUGUAUUUGCGAGUCGCGCUUUAUGAAACGUCUCGGUAAACUUUUCAGGAGUGGGCCUAAUCGUGGAGAAGCCGCCGAGCGCAGCAACCCGAAUCCGCAGCUUAGUGGUGACGAAAAUGAGCUUUGGCGGGCGCUGCCUCGAUCCUUGGAUGACCGCUCUAGAGCGCAGAAGGAGAAAGAGGAGUUAGACCAUGCAAUUUCACUGGCUCAGGCUGAAGAUUUGAAAAAAAAAAGUGGAUAUAGAUCGCAGACAGAAAAAGAUGACGAGCUUACUAGGUCACGUGAGGAAGGUCUGAAUCCACCUUUAUAUCCUCCAUAUGCCCCAGCCCCUCCACCGUAUUAUCCCAAUGGACAGCAAAGAAUAUGUGGUGGUUGUAAACUCGACAUACGCUAUGGCAACUACCUGGAAUGCAUGGGGACUUUCUUUCAUCCCCAGUGCUUCUGUUGUCAUUCUUGUGGCCGUCCGAUUUUUGAGAAUGAGUUUUCUUUGUCAGGGAGGGAUCCAUAUCACAAGUCCUGCUUUAAAGAACUGGCUCAUCCCAAGUGUGAAGUUUGCCAUCAAUUUAUUCCAACAAAUCGAGCUGGUUUGAUCGAGUACAGAUGCCAUCCGUUUUGGUCACAAAAGUACUGUCCAGCACAUGAACAGGAUAACACGUCUCGUUGCUUCUUUUUCUUCCUUUUGAAGUCUUGGGAUGCAAGGUACGUUUCAUUGGGGGACGGGCGAAGUCAAUGCUUCGAGUGCAUGGAAUCUGCUAUCAUGGACACCGGUGACUGUCAGACUCUGUAUCACGCCAUACGAGACUACUUUGAAGGGAUGAACAUGCAAUUGGAUCAGCAAAUACCCAUGCUUCUGGUCGAAAGACAAGCUCUAAAAGAAGCUGUUGUAGGCGAAAAGAGUGGCCUCCAUCACAUGCCUGAGAUCAGGGGUUUAUGCCUUUUGGAAGAGCAGACUGUCACCAGUAUCAUCAAAAGGCCGAGAAUUAGGGGGCAUCAAUAUAUUGGAAUGAGAACCCAACCUCAGACAUUGACUCGAAAAUGUGAAGUUACUGCCAUUCUUGUUCUCUAUGGCUUCCCGAGGUUACUAACAGGUGCCAUUCUUGCCCAUGAAUUGAUGCAAGGCUUGUUACACCUCAAAGGGUACCGGAAUCUUAAUCCCGAGGUAGAGAAAGGCAUCUGCCAGGUGCUUUCGUACAUGUGGCUUGAGUCAGAAUUAAUGCCGGGAUUCAAAAACAUGCCGUCUUCAUCUACAUUUACAUCCGCAGCUUCCUCUUCCUCUUCCACGUUUUCAUCAAAAAAAGGUGGAAAAUCGAAAAUUGAACACAAACUAGGGGAGUUUUUCAUGCACCAAAUCGCCAACGAUUCUUCACCUGCAUAUGGAGGAGGGUUUCGAGCAGCUAAUGCAGCUGUCAACAAGUAUGGUUUGCGUCGUACAUUGGAUUACAUUCGCCUCACCGGAAACUUCCCGUUGUAACGAGGAAAAAAUAAAGUUGCUAUUUCACUGAUCUCUUUGCUUUUAUACGGCCAUUGAAGUCUAGUAUUUUGCUCAACCCUAAUUACGGAUUGAGCUCGUCGCAGAAGCUUUAGAUUAGGGUGCUGGGACUGGGUAGAUACAAGCUCAAACUGUGACUCUUCCAAUCAAAUAUUAAUAAA